AUGCCUACUUUGGAUAAGUAUUCUUAUUUGGUUGGUUUGUCUGUUUCUAAUCAGAUUCCAUUUUAUGGUUUAGAAGAAGAUCCAAAGCCUCUUGCUAUUGCCAAAGCUAUUCAUUUGAAGAAAUCCAAGAUUGAAGCUCAUAUGACUUCUAAGAGUGGUAUUCAAGGGAUCCCUUCCAAGUUCUUGAUAGGAAGAGCUCACUAUUUUUCUGGUAUGAGAAGUGUCGACGCAUUUGAGGCUAUCUUCGCUCUACUCAUUUAUGGAUUGGUUUUGUUCCCCAAUGUUGAUAACUUCGUUGACAUUAAUGCCAUAAAGAUAUUCUUGCUUGGAAAUCUAGUUCCAACCCUUCUUGGAGGCACUUAUUAUUCUAUUUACCAUAGGACUUCGAAGAGUGGGGGAAUGAUUUCUGUUGCCUUUUGGGAUCUCAAUAAUGGAUUAAGGUGGUCACAGAAAAUCAUGUCUCUUACCGACACUGAUAUUGUAUGGUAUAAUCGUGUUUAUGAUAAGGUGAUGAUUAUUGAUAGUUGUGGUGAUUUUCACAAUGUACCCCUUCUUGGUACAAAGGGAGGCAUUAACUACAACCCAGUUUUGGCGUGUCGUCAGUUUGGGUAUGCUAUGAGGGGUAAACCAAACAACAUUUGGUUGAGUAGUUUAUAUCUCAAGGAAAAUGAAGAUGAUAUAGCUUUCAAGGAGAAGAUUUCUCGUUCUUGGUAUAAUAUCUGUAGGAAGGGAAGAGAAGAAUUAGGAAGGAAAGAUUGUGUCUCCUUGGAACCCUAUCUUCAAUGGGUCCAAGCUAGAGCUCUUGAUCUUAAGAUGUUGUAUCCUCACCAAGAGCCUUUGCCUAUGACUGAUAGAUGUCCGACUCCUGUUUUUAUGACUGAUAAUGAGAAAAUUCAUAUUUCUUCGACCCAUAUGCAACAAGAUAGAGAUGCUUGGAAGAACAAGUAUCAGAUUGUUGAGUUCGAGAAUUCAAAGAUUUAA